AUGUCAUCAGCAUCCGGGCCUGCCUCGAGCUCCACCAAAAACGGCGCCAACGGAAGCGGCAACGGGAACGGCACCUCCGGCCACAAGCCCGGCGCCGCCACGACCUCAGCCCCAAGCUCCGCCAGGGCGACAAAGAAGAGCGCCUUCUCCUGCGAGCCCUGCCGCCGCCGCAAGGUCAAGUGUGGAGGCGAACAGCCUCUCGCCACCGGUCCUCUCACUCACCAACAUCUGAACCUGCCCAUAGAGAAGUACCAUGCUGACCCGUUUAGAAACCCAACGCUGUCCUACACCCAACGCCUGGAGGAGCGUAUUAAAGACCUCGAAGAGCAGGUGUCAAAGGCUCAAGCCCAGGCUCAGGCGCCGCCUCAGCCUCAGCGCGGGCUAUCGGAAGGACCACUCUCGUCAUCGCACGACAGCUCUCUCGCUGGCCAUGAGUCCGAGGGCCUAGCGGGGACGUUCAAGGGCUUGAAGCUGGAUGAGAAGGGCGUCAUCACCUAUCAUGGCGCCACCAGCUUCUUUCACCUUCCCAGCGAGUAUGGCCGCCAGAGCAGUGACGCCCCAAGCCCGUCCAAUCCGGAGGAUCCCCUCUAUGGCAAGAGGGAACGACUGGUCAACAAUGCCUGGCAGCAGCGGGCGCUGGAAGACCUCUCAGAGAUCCCUGAACCGUUUCAAUAUCUCCUCAGCACGCACUGGUGCUGGAUUCAGCCUCUGUGGAACUUUGUGUAUCGUCCCACGUUCACACGUGACAUGCAGCUUCUUGGGCCGUACUACUCACACACCCUACUGAACGCCAUACUCUCGCAUUCGAUCCGGUGGGGUCGUUGGGACAAGGAUACCCGCGAACGUCUCGAGAACGAUUAUGAUGGCGGCGCCGUCUUCAGCCGCCACGCACGAGCCAUGGUCCUGGAGGAGAUUUCUCGUGGCGUGGCAACCAUCCCGACCGUCCAGACGCUCUUGCUGCUGAGCGCUCAGGAAUGUAGCGCCGGCAACACCUCGCAGGCGUGGAUGUACAGUGGCAUGGCGUUCCGGAUGAUCGAUCAUCUGGGUAUCUGCGUCGACAGCCAGCGAUAUACAGGCAACAUCCCCUUCAGCGAUGAGGACGUCGAGAUCCGCCGGCGGCUGUUCUGGAGUUGUUACUUCUGGGACAAGAUCGUCAGUCUCUACCUCGGCAGAUCACCGAGCCUACAGCACUCGGAUGUGUCGCCGCCUCAAAUGAUCCUCGAUGACUCCAACGAAAAUGAGAUGUGGACACCGUUCGGAAUCACUUACCCAGACGGCGUGAAAUACCCACCCAUCGCGGCGCACUCGACGUCUUGCUUCGUGCAGAUGUGUCGCUUGACGGUCAUCUUCAAUGAGAUCCUGAUCCACAUGUAUGACCCACUCGGGCUAAACACCGAGCCCGAGAUCCAGGAGUGCUUGGUCAGACAGGAGGCGGCCCUGAAGCAGUGGUGGGAGGACCUGCCGCACUUCUUGAAGAUGGACGCGAGCAUGCUGCCCCCGCUGGCACCACCCAGCCACAUUGUCACCCUCAAUUGUCUUUACCAUACGUUCAACAUCCUGCUCCACCGACCGAUGCUCUCUCUUCAAGCCGCCGCCAAUGCACAGAAUCCGGGGGCGUCGUCGGGCAUGUUGACGGACGAGCAGCAGCAACAGCAACAACCCGCAUUGCGAAGGCUGGACUUCUGUAUCCGUGCGCUUUCGAAGCUGAAAGACAUCAAUCCGAUCGUGGGCAGUGGUGUCGAGCUUAUCCUGCGCGAACUGGCCGCCUUGGGAAUCCAGACUCCCGGCACUGCCACACCGCCCGGAUACCAAGGACAAGGGCAGCAGAACCAGGCACGGCCCGGGUUCCCCCACCACCAGCAGGCAUCGUCGAUGUCGUCGGAGUUCCGGGGUCGUCAGGAUUCCUUCAGCGGAUACGGCCACCGCAUGAGCCACCACGAGAUCAUGAUGGGCAACACCGAUAGCCACAUGACCGGCUUCGGCUCGCCCAGCCGCACGCCACCGGGCAUACAACAGGCCCUGUUCCAGUUCCCUCAACCGACCCAGCCCGACAAGAUCAACCAGCACCUCCAGCACCACGGAAUCUCAGAUCAGGUCUUCCAGGCAGUGUCUUCGCUGCAGCCGAUCACGGCGUCGUUUGGUAAUCCGAUGAGCACCCAGGAACACCCGCGGGAAUACUACGAGCACCGGUAA